UUGUGACAAUAUCACAAUUAUGUGUAACCACGCUGUUAAUAUUGCUAUCAAUUAAAGUUAUAAUUCCAAGUUUACUUGCAUUUAUUUUAACAAUAUAAUUUCUUUAGACGUCUUUCAUCACGUUUUGCGCAAUGGUCAACUAGCCUUCGUCAGUCGAUUUCUGGAAAAUGGUACGUAAUUUAGAGUGUGCAUAUUGUAUGUUAAGCUUGGAUGUUGGAGGCGUCCUGGGACAUCCUCUCUAGUGUUUUGUGCCCGAGUGUUUGUGUGAGAAUCGUGGAGUAGGUGCAUUGGUGUACUUGUUUUGCCUACUUAGUAGAGUAUAAAUAAGAACGGAAUAUUCUAGAACUAUAUAACUCCAUUCAAAUCAUUGUAGCUGUCAAUAUCAAUUGAGGAUUAAGAUCUUAAACCUAAGGAAGAUUCUUUAGUGAUUUGAAAAACUUCUAAAAACGAUUUUGAUGAGCAGAUUGAGGUGUUCAUUACAAGAGAACGAAUGUGCGAGAUUGCGAGCCCGUAGGACACGGGAAAUUAGCAAAGAUCGUCAGAGGGUGAGACGUGGCCCUGUGACCUAAUUUAAGAAGUACACCGCACCAACUUCAAAUUAAAGAAACUUCCUGCUUUAUUCCGAAAAAGAAAACUAGUUACCAAUAUUAUCAAUGAUGACAUCUUGUUAUAUUCAUACUUUGCUAUUUGUUACUUUAUCACAUUGCACAUACAUUUCAAUUAUUCUAUUUUGUUAUCAACAUAAUUCUUUUUGUAAAUAGUGUUGCGUGGCCUUUCUAAUAUAUUGGGGAAUUCGGCACAUGAAGUGCUGAAGCGCUUUGUUUGCAUAACAACUUCAAAGAAUUCGAAAAAACUAAUUCGAUGUUUAAAUGAAGAAAUACACAACAAAUUAACUUGAACAACAAUUUAUAUUUAAAACUAAUAGAUUGAAUACUUUAUUAAAGAUUUGCACCGUUAUGAAAUUUACUUAAACUCUCAGCUCAACGGUUCUAACGAUUCUACAUUUUGGGCCACAGAGUAACCAUCGCUGCCUUGGCAAUGUUCCUUCCCAUGGUAACGAAAGUAAAUACGAAAUUUGAAAGUGAUCACAGUUAUUACUGAUAAAUAAUUUUGACAUUUAGUCAAUAAAUUUGUUAAAUAACUUUAGUUCGUUUGCCUUGGCUACGCUACUGUACAGUUAAAUUUGCAGCGCUAGAAUGUAUCCUAUUAUGAUACAAGAUAUUCGCGCUAGAGGGAGCCACAUGCCUACGCCAGUUCACAAGUUAGAGACGAGAAUUUAAAGUGUUAAAACGUGUCAAGCACAUAAAGUUUGAUCAAAAUCUGUUGUGAAGUUCGGUUUAGUGUUAAAGUGUGAAACAAGUAAUUUAAGUUUCUCGUUAUAAUAAAUAAAGUAUUUAUUGUGUUAUAAGAGUUAUUGAAUCAUUAGAAUUAAUUGUCGAGAGCCCCAUAAAUGAGCCACAUAAAUGACAAACCAGGGAUACCUAUUCAGCUUUCAUGAAAGUACAGAAAAAAAUGCAUAAUUAAAACGAUGUAAUUAUAGACAUUUAAAAAAUGAUAUCAAGUUUCGUUAAACAAUCUUUUGUACAAAUUUGUUUAUUUUACAUACUUAUUUUGAAAAUUGUAGUAAGUUGUGAUAAAUUAGAUGCUCGUGUUUCAUUAAAAGUGCAAGGAACGGGAUUUCAUAGAGAUUUAAUAUAUCAAGUACAUGUCGAUCAAUUUAUAGAAGAAUGUUACGUAGCCAUUUAUUUACAACUUCCAUCUGCUUUAUAUGCUAAUGUUAAUGAAUUGACUAAUUUAAGAAGACUUGGAAUUAUUUCACAAUUUCAGAGUACAGCAUGUGUUAAUGGAGAGGCUGACAUCGAGUUAUUUGCUGAGGAAGCACAGACACAAACUGUAACCAUUUGCUCGAAUUUGAGUCGUGCAGAAUGUGCUUUAAAAGUUCCAAUACAUCAACGUUAUCAACAUGCCAACGAUAGUAAUAAAUACAUGAACAUUACUUUACCAAACCCAACGCUAUUAUUAGGUUGUAAAAAAAGAAUUAAGGAUUAUAGAGUUUCUAAACUUGAUUUGUGUUCUCCAUGCGUAGAGAUUGUACCUAAAUGGAGAGAGAUUCCAUAUAUCAUGGAUAAGGAAAACGUAUGGACAAUACCAGUUGGUGAAACAACUAUGUUACUUGUAGUAACUUCUAUCACAUUUUCAUUAACUAUUUUAUGUACACUAUGUCUUAUACAAACAAUUUGGAAAUCUAUGUCAGAACAUUUUAAAACUGAGUAACAUGUUUUAAAUAAACUUGUUUGCUUAAUAUAA